AUGGCGCCGCUGCGCUGCCUGCUGCCGCUGCUGCUCGCCCUGGCGCUCGCCCUCGGCCCCGCCGCCGGGGAGGCGCGGCGGCCCCUGGCGCUGGAGGCGCUGGGCGAGGCGGAGGAGCUGGCGGAGGAGCUGUGGGGCGCGGGGCUGCCCGGCGACCUGCCCGAGCUGGAGCCCGAGUGCCGCCGCCUCCUCGCCGCCUUCGCGGAGGGCAGCGCGGCGCUGACGGGCUGCCUGGGCCGCCGCGCCCGCCCGGUGCGGCUCUGCCAGGCCUGCCACCGCCACUACCGCCGCCUCCUCGCACACUACGGCGACAUCGCCCGCGCCGUCGGGAAUUCUUCUGAGAGCCACAAUUGUGCCAAAAGCAUCUUGACCUCAGACAGGCUGCAGAUAGUUGUGACCCUUUCGGAGUUCUUUAAUGAAACCUGGGAGGCAGCCAACUGUGCAAAUUGUUUAAAGAACAGCAGUGAGGGAUUAUCAAAUUCUACUGUAGAAUUCCUGGAUUUAUUCAAUAAAUCUCUGACAUGUUUUGAACAUAACCUUCAGGGACAAACCAUCUAUCUAUCACCAAAUAACUACACAGAAGUAUGUAAAAACUGCAACGAAACGUACAAAAUGUUGAAUGACCUGUAUAACAACUUGCAAAGGAUGAACAGGCAAGGUGAUGAGUCUGGGCACUCCGCGCACUUGUGUAUCGACGUGGAAGAUGCAAUGAACAUCACUCGGAAGCUUUGGAGCAGGACUUUCAACUGUUCUCUUCCCUGCAGUGAUACAGUCCCAGUGAUUGCAGUUUCAUCCUUUAUUCUCUUCCUACCUAUUGUUUUUUAUCUUAGUAGCUUCCUUCACUCGAAGCAGAAGAAACGGAUACUCAUUUUGCCCAAGCGCAUCCAGUCAAAUGCCAGUCUUGUGAACAUCCAAGAAAAAUACAGCUGAGCUGCAAAACAAAACCUGAGAACUGCUGCUGGUAUACAGUGGGUACAAUUGUGUUGGAAUGAGGCUGGCACAAAAGAGGAGUUAAUUAUGGUUUAGUGUAAUGAUACAGAGCAACACAAGUUAAACAAAAUGCUGUCUGACUUCUAAGCAAGGAUAUUAACAAACAUGACAAGGCAGGGCUGUGUGACACUGUAUGGACUCUGGUUUUGAAAAAUCUGUGGGUUUUUUCAGUCUCAGGAUAAAGCUGGUGUUUUUCUGUUUCUAAGCUUUUGUACUUCUCAUCAAUAGAAUAGCUACACUUCCCUUGCGUGGUUUUUUUUUCCCCUCUUUAAUUUAUCAUAUUUGUUUCAUGGAAACCUGAGAUUCUUAAUCUCUUUGG